AUGUCUACAAUAAUUGAGCCCGGUUUUUCUAUUCGCCGGAUCGAUCAUUGCAAUGAAGAUGAAACUCAAACUGCCGGUGCGAACGAGUACGUCGUCUGUUGUCCAAAGGGACAUGAACUAUCGCUUCACCAACUUCCAAGCGACUUGAACUGGCUAUGUUUGAUCUCGGCCACACAGCCUUACAAUAAAGUGUGUGCAAACUCAACUUGGGAUUUGUGGUACGCGGAAGGGUUCUUGUGCUGCGAGCCAGGAAUGAUUGGAUACCUUAGCAAAGAUGCGGAGCGCGACAUUAGAAAAUCAACUUUUGGCUGCAACACAGAUGCAUACAUCAAGACCAACGGCAUCAGGCUGAAUAUCGAACGCGGAACACGCUCGACUCCUGAUUAUCCUAGUUCCAAAAAUUCCACUUCAACUAACCACACGAACGACGGUCUGAAUAAAGGCGCGAUAGCUGGCGGAGUUGUCGGGGGCGUCUGCGGCAUACUCUGUGUUGCUGCGAUCAUAUUUCUUCUUCUCCGUCGCCGUCAUCGCUCAAAAUUAUCCAACAACUCCAAGACCCAAAUCGACUCCAAAUUUGGGCAGGUCCCAGUCGAAGUUGAAGAAAUCAGACCAUUUAGAGAACUGGAUGGCACCACUUCUAAACGCCCCGAACUUGAGGCCGACAAAAGAUCACAACAAGAGUUGGCUGGCCAUGUAUCCAAAAAUACGACUGAAUCGCCGCCCUCUGAGUUGGAUUGA